AUGACUACUCAAUAUGGAGUUAUCAUAGACAUAAAGGAGAAUGUUCCUCGUGAAAAUCCUACAUACUAUGGAGGUCAUAGCCAAAAAGAUGUUGAAUUAAAAAAGUCAGAGGAUCCUCCUGGCUUCUUAAGGUUCACACAUACCAAGAAUGACAUUGAUUUGGGAGAAUCUUUUAAGGUUGAUGAGAUUAAGUAUGAUAGUAAGAAUGAUUUCAAAACAAAAUUAAACAUAAAACCUUCUGACAAAAUACAGCAUCUUGCAGUAUGGUAUUGGUUCGGAGACGAUGGCAUGACAAACCCUCUUCUUGUAGAAGUAAAAGGGUCGGAUAAAAAAUAUUAUUAUCACUUUAAUAAAGGAGGUGGUGGCAGUACUAUAAGUUGGACUGCAUUUACAAAAUACUCAGGUUCUCGAUCCCAACCCUCCAGUGAAGAACUUGAGAAAACUCUGGAUGAAAUCGCAUGUUUUUAUCACAACUCUGUAACCUUUGAUCUUACCAGGAGUAAUUCCGAGGGUUACACCAAAGAUAAAGGAUAUUGUUGCACUGGUAAGCAUGAUAAUGGAGAGAAAAAAGUCUCUGUAAGUAAAGGAUUUGUUAAGGUUCCUGGUUCAAGUUCUUCUAUUCCCUUCUUCAAACAUACUGUAAACCCUGAUGGUGAUUAUAAGCUUGCAAAGAUUAAGUACACUAAUUCUACUGUAUCAAAGAAUGAGAUGAAACCUCAUACGUUAACGUUCCCAAUCUCUGGUCCACUCAGCGUUUAUACUUUCUACUGUAAGAAUAAUCCAGUGCUCAUAUAUGUAGACUAUGAUGGAGAAGGUGUCAAGGGAUGGUACAAGAAUAUUAGUACUCCUAAUGGUGAUAAUUGGGAGGAUCUAACAGAUGGACCAAAUAAGUCACCAGAUAUAAUCCAAGACUGUAGGGAUGGUAACUUUAACAAACUUGUGAGUGCAAUAAGCGAAUUCGGAUGUAUCUAUCAAAGAUGUAAUCCUCCUGGUCUUGAAGGUGAAGGUACUCUACCGGACGGACCUAGUGGAGAAGCUCCUCCUGUUGACAGUGUUAGUCUAUCUAGAGAACCAGGGAUAUCCAUACAACGUUCUACUGAUGGUAAUAUGGUCAUAGUUAAUACUAUUGGUUAUGGUACUGGUUAUGCUGUUCUAUCGACUGUUGAAGAAGGUUAUGAUGGCGUUAUUGCUCCAGGUGCAGCUGGAGAAGUCCAUGGUGGAGGUGGACUAGUUCUUCCUAAUCCGCCUUCUGUCACUAUUAACAUUUAUGAAAGGUCUCUAAUUGGAGGAGUCCGAUCGUAUUAUGACUGCACUUAUGGUUAUAGAAGGAUUGAUGUAACUCCCAAGGUUACUGGGACUUUUACUGAAUACACUCACACUGUACCUGAUAAAGCAAGUAACUGCUUUACCCUUAAACAGGUGAAGUAUAAAGGUUAUUAUACUGGGAUUGUAUCAGGAUUAUCUAUUACAAAUGUCACCUCUAUUUCAGUUUACUAUUGGUCCUUUUUAGAAGGCCCUACUAGGAAGAUUCCUACGGAUAAGAGAAGUAGACCCCUUCUCGUCAAAGUAACUACUAAGGCACCUGGUCAAGGAUCUAUGGAAAAGUGGUAUGAAAAUACUGGUGAUCCAACGAAUGUUACUUGGGGUGUAGUCCAUGAAAAUCUUAGUCAGAAUAACCAUCUCCGAAAGAAACUGGAACUUCUCAACUGUUAUAUCAAUAGUGCGGUUAUAAUCGAUGUAAGUCAGAAACCUACUAAUAUCAGUACAUAUAACUAUGAUGUCUGUGACGAUAUUGAUAAGAGGACUCUUGGUACUAAUCACGGUAACGCUAGAAUAAAGGUAUACAAGGAGUCUCCUGUUGGGGCUUACGAGGUAUAUAAACAUGUUCUUAAUCCUGGAGGAAUCUUUCAUAUACUAGGACUUAAAAAUGACUCCAAUUCAAUAACGUUCAAUGGAAUAUCUGGUCUACCAAUUCUUGAUGUAGAUGAAGUGAGGGCAUAUUUUUGUAAACAAGAGCCUAAAAAACCCCUCCUAAUAUAUUGUAGAACAAAUGGAACUACUAGUCAUUGGUACAAGAAUACUAAUGAACAAGCUCUUGAUGCAUGGGAAUUAACACCUGACUUAUCUACUAAUGAUCCUUACAAAAACCAUGAAAAGAUUCUCACUGUACUUGACACCCUUACUAGCCAAUGCAAACCUCCCUCCGUAACCGUUGAUAUAUCUCAAAAAAAUGAAGGUGGAUAUAAAAGUCCUAGUAGCACUCCAUCUCCGCAAAAAAUAAACGUUAAGAGGACUCAAGGUCAGCCAGGUUCUACUGAAAGUGAUCCUCCAGAAAACUAUGAUCUCUACACUCACACUGUGGCUAGUAGGCCUAGAAGUUACUUUACAGUAAAAGGACUUGUUUACGGAACAGGAAAUGAUAUUAAAGUGGAUGUUGUGCCUAUGGAGAAUGUCACUUCAGUCUCAGUAUACUAUUGGUCUCAUCUUUCUACAGGGAAACCCCUGCUAAUGAAGAUUGAGCAAACUCAGAAUAAAAUCAAUCCUAUUAAUGGACCAAAGACUGUUACUUGGUAUGAAAACGAGGGCAAGGGUGGUGAUCUAAAAUGGAAGAAAUGGAAUAAGAACUCGGAUCUCAAGACAAAGCUUAAACUGUUGAACUGCCCACUUAACAAUGUUGUUAAAAUAAAUGUUGGUGAGAUACCUAGCAAUCCAGAUAUGCCUACUCAGUCCAAGGAAUAUGACUCUUGUGACCCUGAAGAUGUUAGUAAAUUUGAUUCUGGACACGGUUCUAGGAUGAAGGUUACCAAUGUCACUCCUGCUAGUAAUCUUGCUCCAUAUAGAGCCUACGAACAUACUCUAUUAUCUACUUCUAAUGGAGAUAAAUUUCACAUCGUGGGAUUUACAAAUACUUGUGGAGGAUCUACCAUAAACUCAUUAAACGGUAAAGGUACAGAGAAUAAACCCCUAAAAAAUGUUGAGAAGCUAAUCAUUUAUGUCUGUAAUCAGAAGCCUACUACUCCACUCCUUACCUACUAUAAUAAGAACCAAACCCAUAAUUGGUAUCAGAAACAACAUAGUAGCCAAUGGAAACCCGCAUAUAAAUUACACACAAAAGUUGACCCUGGUUCAUAUGAAAAGAUUGUUUAUGCACUUGAUGGCAUACAGAGCCCUUGUAAACCUACUUCUGAAGGAGGUGAAACUGUUCCUAAAGCUCAACCAGCUGCUCAUGAAAGACUAGGCCCUGCUUCUCAAACUUUUCAAUCUCAAUCUGCUGGACCUCCUACUUCUGCUCCUGAUAAUCCUCGUACUGAAGCUUAUACUGGAGUUCUUGAACCUCUUGCCAUUGGUGCUGGAUACUUCUUGGCUGGAACUGCGGGAUCCGGCGCAACAUUUUUUGGAGGAUGGAAACUUUAUAAUCGCUGUAAGGGAGACCCUUGGGUACGACAAAUAUGA